AAAGAAUUACUUCUCUCAUUCUCUCUUUGUCCGAGAGAGAGUCUCUUUGUUCUUGGCUUUGCUCUUCCUCUACCUGAGUUGAGCUUCCUUUCGAGACAAUCUUGUAUUCUGAUUCUGUAUAAUGGAUGGACCUUCGAUUGAUGUUGGCCAGGGACUUCCCUUUUCUAAUGUUGCUCGCACUAUGGUCUUAGUUGGACGCACUGGUAAUGGAAAAAGUGCAACAGGCAACAGCAUUCUUGGCAAAAAAGCCUUCAUAUCCAAGCGUAGCUCUAGUGGUGUCACGACCGCUACUGAAUUGAAGACUGCUAUCUUGGGAGAUGGACAACAAAUUAAUGUUAUAGACACUCCUGGUCUUUUUGAUAAUUCUGCCAAAUCUGACUUUAUUGGCAAAGAAAUUGCCCAAUGCAUUAAAUUGGCCGAGGAUGGGAUCCAUGCUGUUCUUGUGGUUCUCUCAAUUAGAACUCGCUUUACAAAAGAAGAGGAGUCUGCACUCCGUAGCUUGGAAGCUCUAUUUGGAAGUAAAAUCUUUGACUAUAUGAUUGUUGUCUUUACCGGAGGAGAUGAGUUGGAAGAAAAUGAUGAGACUUUGGAAGAUUAUUUGGGCCAUGAUUGCCCGGAGCCUUUGAAGGGAAUCCUUGGUCUGUGUGGAAAUCGAUGUGUGCUUUUUGAUAACAAGACUACGGAUAAAAGCAAGAGGGUCGAACAAGUGCAGCGGCUUCUCUCGCUUGUAAACUCGGUUAUAGAACAGAAUGGUGGGCGGCCAUACACAGAUGAGAUAUUUGCUGAAGCGAAGAAAGCGUCUAUGAAACUUCGUGAUCAACAAGAAGAGGUUGCUUCGAAGGGGUAUUCCAAACGAGAAAUAAAUCUUUUGAAUGAGCAAAUGCGGCGUCAAUAUGAUCUGCAGCUUAAACAAAUUACUGAGAUGCUUGAGUUAAAGAUGAGAGUGCAUACCAUGAUGCUUGAACAAAAGUUAGCAGAUGAACAUGUUGCACGACUAAAAGCAGAACUGCAGAUUUUCCGAGAAGCUCAACAAAGGUCUGAGAAUGAGAUCCAACGGCUUAGAUACGAUCGACUAGCAGAGAAGCGGAUAUGCGAUGGAAACAGCGGAGGCCACCGCAUAGGCCUCGGAGACGUGUGUUCUUUAAUGUAAUGAUUGAUAGGCUUUGUGGUAAGGACAUCGUGGAGUUUGCGGCAACUGGUUGCGACGUCUGGUUGAUAAUGGCUAUGGUAUCCUGUGUAAAUGUGAAAGAUGCUGGCUCACAGUUGGAAUUAAUAUCUAAACUCUUGAACUGUAUGGGAAUAAUGUUGUAAGUAUAUUCAUCUCUUAAGGAGGUUUAUAUAGUAUUACAACCAUGUACAUAUAAAGAAAAGUAAUAAAUGCUGAUCUAAGUCAACUAUAUCAUUAAUGCUA